AUGGAGAAGACAGUUGUAUUUAUGAAUGCACUCUGGCACGACGGAAAUAUGAACGAGUCCAUCAAAAAAAUCGUUAAUAACCCCGCCCUACCACCCAACGCGUGGCAGCAUAUAGGCGCCCUCUUCCGCCGUUCGUAUUUCAAGCGUCUAUGGGUCAUCCAAGAAGUGGUUAACGCCUCGUCUGCCCACGUCUUUUGCGGCAACAGGACCAUACCAUGGGACUCAAUGUGCAUGGUAACCAAUCUCUUGACCGCCGGCUUCCUUGCCACAUGUUCCCCUGAGGUUAGACGCUCUGUCCAUCUCCCUACCGAGAACGAGUCAAACAUCCAUUUAAUCGAGACGCUCCGCCACACGAAAACCGCCUCUCAGCCCGGACGGUCCUUCUUCGAUAUCUUGUUCCACGCGCAAUCUUUCCAAUCCUCUCUUCCCCGGGACAAGUUAUUCGCCAUCCUGAAUCUCCCAUGGGUUGAAGAGUACUGGAUUCCUCUCCCAAAUUAUCAGUGCUCAGAUCUAGAAGUAUUCAGGAACUUCGUUGUGGUUGAUUUGAUGCACAAUAAGUCUGUCAAAGCCCUGUCGUGGGUAAAUACUGCCGGGGUGGAUCGAGGAUCUGAUGACCCUUCAUGGGUUCCCACGGUUGCGGAUUUCCAGGGCCCGAAACCGAGUUUCUUCAUGAAAAGGGGGAGACCGACAACUUCCUUCCUCUUCCAGGAGGCCGAAGCGUAUCUCGAUGAAUCUGAAUCGUCUCUCAUGAUCAAAGGCCUGCUUCUUCAUUCUGGAGUUAAAAGCAUUGCUGAUUCUCGCUCCGCAUGCUAUGAAAAAGCUGGAUUAGAUCUUCCACUUCAAUCAGCAGACAUUUACGAGGCGGUUAUUGAAGUUGAGAGAAACUGGCUCAGGAGUUGUUUCAGGGUCCUGAUGGUUUCGAAAUGGCCACACCUGUUUCAAGGUACAAAGACAGAGCUCGAUUUCGGAGAGAUCCUUUCUUCAGAUCACUAUACUACCUUCCUUCUCGUUAUGUCAUGUAAUUGGAAUCCCUAUAGCAACGUGCCCAUCAUCCCUUGGGUUUCCUCAGGCUCAGAACCGGGAAUGAAUACAGCACGCGAGCAGUCAGAGGAAUUAGACCUCUUAGCAUUCAUGCGAGAUAUCACGGGACGAUUAAUCAUGGGCCAUCCCAUAUCCAAUAAUAACUGGGAGGACUAUCUGUGUACAAUUUCUCAAGAGCACACAAGAUGGAAGCGCAGGCCAGCUCGAUGGGACUUCGGAUUGCUACUGCUGGCAUGGCACUUUUCCAAGCACAGGCUGCAGCUACUUCUGCCACGUCCCUACAACUCGGAUAAGGAGACAAAGGAGUUUGUUCUUGUUGCAGGAGGGCCGAUUCUACGCUUAUCGUUCGCUGCUCGCAACAACCACUGCUGCGAUUCCUACGGUACCGCAGCUUGCUUCAACUACAGCACCGCUCUGGUGUCCAUUACUCCUGUGGUCAAGUACAUACGAAGAAAUACCCGGGCCGAUAGCUUCGUCUCUUAUGGAAACCGCUGCGGAACUGGCCGGCUCUUACGGGCGCCCAAGCACACCAGAGCAUAG